AUGUCCGGUGUUGGUGGCAGGCGAAAAAAUCCACUGAAUUUGAGUUUGCCGGCAACAGUUAAAGAGAAGGCUGGUUUGAGGAGAGAUGGGACAAAAGAUAAAGGUACCUUCUCACUGGAAGACCAAAUCAAGCAAAUGACACUCACCGAACCUCAGAAGUUGCGGAUGCAGGAAUGGAUCGAAGAGAAAAGACUUGUACCAUUAAAUGAAUUGAAUGAGGAUAUGUUGGAGAAGAUGUGUGAAUUGGGACAUGGUAAUGGCGGUGUUGUAAGUAAAGUAAUGCAUAAAUCGAGUAAGAUUAUCAUGGCCAGAAAAUUGGUUCAUCUGGAAGUGAAGCCAUCUGUGAGGUUGCAAAUCCUGAAGGAGCUGGAUGUGUUGAAUAAAUGUAACAGUCCAUAUAUUGUUGGAUUUUACGGUGCUUUCACUGAUAACAACGAUAUAUCCAUAUGCAUGGAGUACAUGGAUGGAUUAUCUUUGGAUGUUGUUUUGAAAAAAGUUGGUAGGCUAAAAGAAUCACGUGUAGGUCGAAUUGCUGUUGCAGUUAUUCGCGGAUUAUCAUACUUGAAGGAUGAGCAUAAAAUACUGCAUCGAGAUGUCAAACCAUCAAAUAUCUUGGUUAAUAGUCAUGGUGAAAUAAAAUUAUGUGAUUUUGGUGUUUCGGGCAUGUUAAUUGACAGCAUGGCUAACAGCUUCGUCGGUACUCGCUCAUACAUGGCGCCGGAACGAUUGACAGGAAGCCAUUACAAUGUGCAAUCGGAUGUUUGGAGUUUUGGUUUGUCGCUUGUAGAAUUGUCAGUCGGACGAUACCCGGUGCCAGCGCCGACAGCAAGAGAAUAUGCUGAACUCUUCAACAUUCCAGAAGAAGAAGUAGAGUUCCCAGAAGGUACGAUACCACCAACAUCCACCACUCUAUGCACACCAAGGACGAUGGCAAUUUUUGAGCUUCUUGACUAUAUUGUUAAUGAGGCACCACCACUGUUGCCAAAGAAUAUAUUCAGUGAUAUUUUUAUUGAUUUCAUUGGAAGGUGUGUUAAAAAGAAUCCCAUUGAAAGAGCCAAUUUGAAAACAUUAAGUAAUCAUGAAUAUUUUAUAAAGCAUGCAAAUGCGGAAGACGGUGGUGAAUUUGCACAGUUUAUAAAGGAAACUAUAGGGAUGAAUCAUCAUUCAUAA